CAAUAACAGCAAGUUAGUCUGGGCCAGCUCAGUGGAUUUCUACAAUAAUUUUACCAUUUGACAGUCAUACCGGCAAAGGAUAACCUGAAUUUGUUACAAUUUAAGAUUGAUUUUUGGAUCAGAUUUUGAGAAGAAAGGGAAGAAAGAGACCUGUCCCGCUCUGGAGAAAUUCCUGUGUCAUGUCGCAAAGACUGGGGAGACAAUGGUCCCAUGGGCACAGUUCAAAUCAUACUUCUUGUUUAAGUUGGAGGACGUUAUGGACGAUUUCCAUGCCUCUACAACAGAACAGAGAGGGCCACCGAAUCCCAAUGUAGAGUAUAUACCCUUUGAUGUGAUGAAGGACAGAAUCUUAAAAAUAGUGGAUGGAUACAAUGGCAUCCCAUUCACUAUUCAGCGUCUGUGUGAACUGCUGACAGACCCCAAGAGAAACUACACGGGCACAGACAAGUUCCUCCGGGGUGUGGAGAAGAAUGUAAUGGUGGUCAGCUGCGUGCACCCAAUGUCAGAGAAAACUGGGGCAACCAGUGUAAACAGAAUGAAUGGAGUGAUGUUCCCUGGCAACUCCUCUGUAUAUUCUGACAGUCAUAAUGUGAAUGGACCAGGAAUACCAAAGCCACUCAACAGACCAAAGCUAUCAUUGUCUACUUCGCUCUCUACUAAUGGCCUCCCUGACAGCACAGUCAGCAAAGAGCCUAAGCCACACACAGCGGAGACAGAGGAGCACCGUGUCAGCGAUUCUCCAUUAUCGGAGGACGAUAGCACACAAAGCAGCGGGAUAAAGAACAAACACCAGGAGGAUGAGGAUGAGGAUGAUACAGAGGUUGAUGAGCACUUGGUCAAGAGACUCAAGCGUUGCACAAAGGAAGAGGGUGAAGAGGAGGGAAAUGAGCAGAAGGCACCGUCUUGUCCUAAAGAUGAAGCAAGUUCACCAGAGUUAUCUAAAGAUGAUUGCCAGGGGGACCAAAAUGGCAAAUCUUCUGACACACUCACCAUUGCUGAGGAUCACGAGCCCAGCAGCACAUCGACGGAGCCUUCUGAAAGGACCGAAGAGUCCUCAGAGAAACCUGCUCAAGCCCCCAGUCCGGAAAGUGAUGACACUGAGGACCGGCCUCAGCAGAACGCUCUUUCAGAGAAUAGUCCGGUGAGUUCUGAGGUGCAGGACGGUGAGGAGAGGUGCAGCAGCACGGACGACGGCAGUAACGACAGCAGUGAAGGGGAAGGCACAUCCAGAGACAAGCCGGUCCCCACCACAUCCAGUAAUACGACCGACUUGUCAACUGGGGGCACUGUUGAUAAAUCAGAGCGCACAGAAACUGCAAAUGAGCCUGUGGAACAAGUUUAAAUUCAGGCCCAGCCAGCGAAGUGACGUUUAUUAUUAUUUUUAUUUACACUGUAUGAUAAUGCAUAAAGGGUAUUUCUGUAGCACUGUGGACUUCCAGACUUCCGGUACCCAGAGAGAUGGGGUUCCUCUUUAAAGUCUCUCAAAGAAGGAUCUGUCUUCGUCCCCUUCAUUUCCACCCGCUUAAGGCCGAGCAUCACUUUGUUUAAACUGGAAGCAGAAAUAAUUUAUACAUUACUGGUGAGACACUGAUUUUUCUUCAUCCUUUGACUAGCCUGAGUUCUUGAGGUUUUUAGAACUUAUUUUCAAAUUUCGUAUCUGAUCAAUAAUUGUGUUCAACAAUUUGACGGCAAGUGAUUGCCUGACAUUUGCCAUGUAUUUUCAGAAAAUAAAAUUAUUUUCACUUUAAAUACAAAGCCAUGAGUGCAUCAGUGUCUGUCAAAAGAACACAUGGUCUUUUUUUCUUUCUUUCUUUUUUUUAAUACACCAUAUCUUAAAUGCGCAAAUGUCCUUUUUGAUGGCAAGAAUUUUUACAGCACAUAUCUGUAAAGUAGUUUUUUUUAGAAUUGUAUUACAUGUCUUUGUAAAAUGGAUUAAUUGAUUAAUGGAAUACUUGAGUUUACGUCACAGUAUUCACGAAAAGCAAUAA